AUGAAGCGUGGAAGCGGCGUGACGCUCAGUGAUCUCUGGUUCCUUCAGUCCUUUCUCCAGGCAGGCAGACAUCCACGGGGGCGUGGCAUCGGGGAGGGCGUGCCCUUCUGCUCCGCCCCCCAGCUGGGCCCGCCUCCUGAGGGCACUCCGUGCGCAGCUGCGGACGAUCACUUCCGGGGGCGGGUCAGCGGAAUCCGGGAGCCGGAGUGUGAGGUGAGAAAGGUCCGAGGGCCUGCGGGUAGGCGGGAGCGCGGUUUUCGCGCCCGGCCGUACACUGAGCCCGCUGCGCAGCGCUGUGCGGGGCCCGCGGCUCCUGUCCCCGCGCAAGCUCUUGAGGGACCCCCUGUUGCCAUCAGCGUUUGGCCAGCGGAAACCGAGUCGAGGGGCAGCUGCUCGCCCGAGUCCCCGAGCGAGCAGGGACCAAGACGCGCUGGACGUUUCUCGCGGUGGCCGCGCCCCGCGACAGGUUGCCCUGCCGUGUCCUCGCUGAGCCCGGCCUCGGCCCGGCGCUCCC